UCUCUUAAUGAUCAGCCACUUGCUUGCAAUUUUCCUCUGGAAAAGGAUGGAAACACACUGAGGAACAGAGGCAUCUGAAGAGGAAACGGAACCACCCCAGUGUGGUCAGAACAGCAACUCUGACGACAUCGCCUGGAAGUUUCCAGCAACAGGGGCCUCUCAGUGGCGUGUAGAAGAUGGAGCCAUCCCGCCAAGAGGUGCAGCCUGCAGGCUGCGAGGCCUCUCUUCCGUACUCCCUGGAAAGCCUGUCGAAGAAGCACUGUCAGAACCAGGGGAAUCUUCUCCACUUUGACCGGCAAGCCCCUGGCCGCUUGUCCACGUCGCCCACUUUGCGGAGGUUAAGAAGCCGCGGUUGCGGGAGUGUGCGCGGAGGUGCGCGCGGCACUGCCACUGCGCAUGCGCCGCCUCAGCACGUGGCCUUGGAAGUGCGCGCCUGGGGCGGCUUGCCGGAGUCCCCUGGCUCCGCAAGUCCCCUUUCCGACAAGGUAUGUGAAAGUACAGAGGAGUCUUCUCACUCCCUGUGGCCCCUGAGACUCCACUCAAGAUUGCCUCUGGACUCGGAAAGGGCCCUCGACACAGCCGAGUCGGUUGAGCUACAAAUGGGGCCAGAUGAAGAGCGUGCCCUUCCCGGGCCUCAGCACCUGGAGGAGGGGUCGCUUCCUCAGGCCUCCUUUCCCCGGAGAGGAGACCACCCAGCACCCAGCCACACCCCAGGACCUCCCAGGCCUCAGGUAACACAGCUCUAA